AUGCCUGUUCCAGAUACGUCAUCAAUUUAUGGCAACCAACUUAUUUUUGAUGAGCAACAAUAUGAUGUGCUUAUGCUUGCUCAGCGUGCUAUUAAUAACCAAUCAUGCCUCAAUUCAGAUCAGCUUGCAAUAUUUAAUUUAGUCAUACAAGCCGUUAAAGAUAAUAUUGGUGCAUCUAUUAUGCUGCUGCGCAAUUUAAAUACUGCGGAAGGUCUCUGCAAUGGCAUUCAGUUGAUCUGUUGCAAUUUUCAGCAUCGUGUCAUUGAAGCUAAAAUUUUUACUGGUGCUCAUACUGGAAAGCGUGUUUUUAUUCCGCGUAUUACUCUCACUUCUUCCAAUAUAGAUUUACCUUUUGUUCUUAAACGUCACCAGUUUCCU